UCCAGCUAUAAACCCAGGGAUGUGUCAGCUGCCACACUCGCUGCGAGGCUCAUACUACGGUUUAAGCAUCUGUGGACCCAGCCUUAGGUCACUGCAGGAUGUCAGACACGGAAGAGCAAGACUAUGAGGAGGAGCAGGCAGAAGAAGAGGAGGCUGCGGAGGAGGAGGAAGCCCCCGAGGAGCCGGAGCCGGUGGCAGAGCGAGAGGAGCGCCCCAAACCCAGCCGUCCUGUGGUGCCUCCUUUGAUCCCCCCCAAGAUCCCAGAAGGGGAGCGUGUGGACUUCGAUGACAUCCAUAGGAAGCGCAUGGAGAAGGACCUGCUGGAGCUACAGACGCUCAUUGAUGUGCACUUUGAGCAACGCAAGAAGGAGGAGGAGGAGCUCAUUGCAUUGAAAGAUCGCAUUGAGCGGCGCCGGGCAGAGAGAGCAGAGCAACAGCGCUUCAGAACUGAGAAGGAGCGGGAGCGCCAGGCUAAACUGGCGGAGGAGAAGAUGCGGAAGGAGGAGGAGGAAGCCAAGAAGAGAGCGGAGGAUGACGCCAAGAAGAAGAAGGUUCUGUCUAACAUGGGCGCCCACUUUGGGGGUUACCUGGUCAAGGCAGAGCAGAAGCGUGGGAAGCGGCAGACUGGACGGGAGAUGAAACUUCGCAUCUUGUCUGAGCGGAAGAAGCCUUUGAACAUUGACUACCUGGGGGAGGACCAGCUCAGGGAGAAGGCCCAGGAGCUGUCCAACUGGAUCCACCAGCUGGAGUCUGAGAAGUUUGACCUGAUGGAGAAGCUGAAGCAGCAGAAAUACGAGAUCAACGUGCUGUACAACCGCAUCAGCCAUGCGCAGAAGUUCCGCAAGGGGGCUGGGAAGGGCCGUGUUGGAGGCCGCUGGAAGUGAGGAGGCCAAGACCCCAGCCCACUGUGAGGCCCCCAGGAGCCACCCGAGUUUGUCCCAUUUGUAGCUCCAAAUAAAUGCUCUUCUGAGUUCUUGGUGGUGUUAG